GCGGCGGCGGCGGCAGGUUGAGCAGCAGCGGCGGUGCUGUCAGUCGGGCCGUCGGAGAAAUGGGAGAGCCGGGGGCGGAGAUAAUAGAAUCUGUCCCUCCAGCUGGGCCGGAGGCAUCCGAGUCGACAACGGAUGAAAACGAAGAUGACAUUCAGUUUGUUAGCUAUGUGUGUAAAGAAAGGAUAGAGAAGGUGAUAUCAGCAUCAUGGCGGAGUGAGCUUGCCCGGGACUCUGUCCACUCCAACAUAACAAGAAAAAGGAGCAACCAUAUUCCAACAGAAAAUACGCUAAAAGCACAGGAAUCCUCGGAAGGUCACGGCAGCCACACGACAGUGUGUGGAGAGGCUGGAUCCCCCCCUCAGAGGAGCUGGAACAGGGAAGGACCAUCAAGACCUAUUCUUGAAUACAUUGACUUGGUCUGUGGUGAUGAUGAAGAGCCUAGCACUUACUAUAGUGACAUUCUCUUCCCUAAAAUGCCAAAACGACAGGGUGAUUUUUUGCAUUUUAUAAAUGUGAAGAAGGUGAAAACAGACACAGAAAGUAAUAAUAGGAACAAAAAUCACCGUGGAUUGUCUAAGUCAAAGGAAUCAAAUUUCAAAUAUGUUGAACAACCAGUCACUGAAGAAAAACCAUCAUGUUCAUCAAAGGAAGAAAUAGAUAAUCUUGUGCUUCCAGAUUGUUGGAAUGAAAAACAAGCACUUAUGUUUACAGAGCAGUACAAAUGGCUUGAAAUAAAAGAAGGUAAAUUAGGAUGUAAGGAUUGCUCAACAGUUCGGCAUUUGGGAUCAAAAGCAGAAAAGCAUGUCCAUGUGUCCAAGGAAUGGAUUGCAUAUUUAGUAACUCCUAACGGCAGUAAUAAAACUACUAGACAAGCUUCUCUGCGGAAAAAAAUCAGGGAACAUGAUGUUUCUAAAGCCCAUGGUAAAAUUCAGGAAUUGUUAAAGGAAUCAGUUAAUGGCUCGAUUUCUAAUUUAGUGCAUAAACAAAAUAAUAAAAAUAUUGAUGCUACCGUGAAAGUUUUCAAUACUGUUUACAGUUUAGUAAAACAUAAUAGACCUUUAUCUGAUAUUGAGGGGGCAAUAGAAUUACAAGAGAAAAAUGGAGAGGUCAAUUGUUUAAAUACACGAUACAGUGCAACAAGAAUAGCAGAACAUAUUGCAAAAGAAAUGAAGAUGAAGAUAUUUAAAAAUAUUAUAGAAGAGAAUGCCAAAAUCUGUAUUAUAAUUGAUGAGGCAUCUACAGUUUCAAAGAAAAGCACGCUAGUAAUUUAUAUCCAGUGCACAGUUCAGUCAGCUCCUGCACCAGUCAUGUUAUUUGUUGCUUUAAAAGAGUUGGUGUCAACCACAGCAGAGUGUAUUUUCAAUACAUUAUUGAGUACUUUAAAUGAUUGUGGCUUUACUAAUGAAUAUUUAAAAGCAAAUUUAAUCGCAUUUUGUUCUGAUGGUGCUAAUAUAAUGCUGGGAAGAAAGUCUGGAGUAGCUACAAAGUUGUUAGAAAAUUUUCCUGAAAUCAUUAUUUGGAACUGUUUAAACCAUCGAUUGCAAUUGUCGCUUGAUGAUUCAAUAUCUGAAAUAAAACAAGUUAAUCAUUUUAAAAUAUUUCUUGAUAAAAUUUAUUCCAUUUAUCAUCAGUCUAAUAAAAGUCAAAACAAGCUUUUAGAAACUGUACCUAAAGACCUUGAAAUUGAAAUUGUUAAAAUUGGCCGGGUAAUGGGACCAAGAUGGGCAGCGUGUAGUUUACAAGCUGCUACUGCUGUAUGGCGUGCAUAUCCUGUAUUAUAUAUGCAUUUUUCUCAUUCUUAUUCUGGUUUAGCAAAGAGAUUAGCUAACAUUAAUUUCUUGCAAGACCUUGCUUUAAUGAUUGACAUUCUUGAAGAAUUUUCAUUACUUUCAACUGCAUUGCAGUCAAGAUCAACUAACAUUCAGAAAGCACAAAAAUUGAUCAAAUGUACCAUAAGAGCUUUGGAAAAUUUAAAAAUUGGUACUGGAAAGCAUGAAUCUCAAAUUGAAGGUUUGAUUAAGUCAGAUAAGUUUAAAGAUAUUCCAUUUAACAAAAGUAAUGAAUUUAAUGCCCUUCCUAGGAAUAUGUUAUUAGAAAAUAUAAUUCAACACAUGAACUUACGUCUCUUAUGUGACAGAAACCAUGAUGAAAGUAUUUUUAAUUAUUUUGAUGUGCUAGAACCUUCUACAUGGCCCUAUGAAGAAAUAACUUCACCAUGGAUAGCUGGUGAAAAAAAAUUAUUUCAUCUCUGUGAAAUUUUGAAAUAUGAGAUUGAUUUGAAUGAUUUUCGGGAAUUUGUAAGUAAUAAUAUAAAAUCAAACAAUGUUUCAAUUCCUACAAGUAUACAGAAAGCUAAAAAGAUAGUUAGCACUAUUGCAGUCAAUAGUGCUGAAGCUAAAAGAGGUUUCAAUUUAAUGAACAUAAUUUGUACAAGGGUGAGAAAUAGUCUAACAAUAGAUCACAUAUCAGAUUUGAUGACAAUAAAUUUGUUGGGGAAAGAGUUAGCAGAUUGGGAUGCAACUCCAUUUGUAAAAUCCUGGUCAAAUUGCAACCAUAGGUUGGCUACAGAUACAAGAGUUCGGCAAAAAUCAAAAGCCUUCUGUGAGAAUCGCUUGGCUAUAUGGAACUUUAAAUAGAGUAUUGUGUGCGCUUUUAUCACUUGUAAAUUGUAUGCUACACAUCUUUUAGAUACAUACAUACAUUUUUUUUUGAAAGCCAGUUGUUAAAACUCUUUUCAGCACAUUGCUGUUUAAAAGGCAUUCUCCAAAGAGAAAAAGUUGAUGAUUGCUUUUAGGAGCUAUAGUUUUUUAGAGAUUGGUCCACGUCUGCUAGAGUGGGCCAUAAAAUAUAUUCCAAGGAGUGCUGUACAGAACAUAGAACAAUUUCCACUUUUCUUUGUUUUACUUUGAGUAAAGAUGCAAGAGAAUAGCAGAACCCAGAUAAGUUCUAAGCUGGAAGUUACAUCAAAUAAAAGAAAUGGAGUUAAAACUGCAAGCCUUUUGGCUGUGCUCUUUCUCAUUUCCAUAUCUGCACUAAUACAGUAGCCACUAGCAACAUGUGACUACUAAGCACUUGAAGUGAGUUCAGUAGGAAUAAGAAAGUAAAUUUUUUAUUUAAUUUUAAUUAAAUAUAUAAACUAACAGAGUAAAAUAUUUUUAACUCAACUCUUCUUUUAGAAAUACAUUUGUUACCUUGCUUAAGAUGUGAUUGUUGUAGUGUGUCUGUCAGAUUCAUGUAUCAUGUCUGGUAUCACAUAAACACAUCACUGACUGAGUUGGUGUCAACAGAUGGAUUCAAUGCAAAUUAUUUUUUUCUAUGAAUCGACGUAACUUUAUAGCAUGUUUAUCUGAAUAUUUUAUACAGACAACAGGAAUAACUGAAACUUAUGUAAACCAUAAGGUAACUAAAUUGAAAUACUUAAAUUAUAAUUUUUCUGGUUUAGACAUGAAUAUGAACAAAUUUUAAAAUUCAAAAUGAAGGCAUACUGGAAAAGAAGUAGAGAUGCAGAAGCUAGGACUACAACUGGAACAGUAAACAGACUGGAAGAAGAUUCGUUGCAGAUUUUAUGAUGAAUGACAACUGCAGUUUACUGUGGCAGAGAAACACAAGCUGUUACUUAAGACAGUAAAAGGGGAUAAUAUUGAGACAGUUUUAGCAAGUGCAUAAUCAUUGAAUGAAUUUUCAAAGGUCAAAAGUUAGUUGCCUGAAAUCAGAAUUAAAUGUCCAACAAAAAAAUUUUUUAACAAUUUUUAAAAGGAUUGAGCUUGUAAGUUUGGCCAGAUAUAAAAUACUUGGAUUCUUCCAUGAAAAAAACUAGUUUUAGAUGGGUAGAUACUAAAAUUAUUUCAGUUACAGAAAUUCUUAGAAAAUUAUGAGUUAAACCCUCCAAAUGUUUUGUUAAAAAAGUGCCAAGUCUUGGGGCUGGCCCCGUGGUCGAGUGGUUAAGUUCA